AUGUGCGAUGUGUCUCAUCUAGCAGCCGGUGCGGGGUUCGCUUUAAAGAAGAGGGCUUCCACCACCACUCUCUUGGCGAAGUCGUGGUCGAAGCCAUUUUCUUCCACAAAUCUCCCAUCACUCAUGCCAUUACCGGUGAGGCCUCAAUCACCGAAAGAGAAGAUACUAUGUUCUCACCAUCGAGCGGGUUCCAAUUUUGGUUCUGACGACGGAGUUAUCUCCUGGCUGAGAGAGACUAGGCGUCGGGGUUCUUCUUUCGGUGUAUCACCACCAGCGCGCCAGCGUCUAUGCCAUCUCCACUGGCUACUCAAAUAUGCAGGUGGUGAAAUUGUCAAGGGAAUUAAUAAUACCACCUUCACCUCCGUCCAAUACAAUUACCACUACCGACCACUCACCUGUCUAUGUGACAUCCGUCAUUGUCAGCACAUUCCUCGGUGGAUGGGUUAG